CGCGGGCAGCGGCGGGAGCGCAAACCUCAGAGACUCUCGGGCGUUCAGGGUGUUGCUUCUCAAGCUCUCUCCCGCUUGCUCGCUUCUGCCCGACCGCCCCGCGCGCAGCCUGCUACCUGCAGAGCCAAGGUGCUCGGGUCCGGGGACUGAGUUCUCGGAGUUUUGCGGCAAAGUUCCGGCGGCUGUUUGCGGAGAUGCCUGGAAGGAGGUCUCGUAGGAACACUCAGACGAACCCUACGCGGGUGGCCCUCCCGCCAGAUCCUGAAGUCGAGUGUGCCAUUCAGUUCAGAAGGAUUGGAGACAAACUGAACUUCCGGCAGAAACUUCUGAAUCUGAUAGCCAAACUCUUCCGCCUAGGAACCUGACUUCAGAAGCUUGUGAAUGAGGAGACUCCUUUAAAAUGGAAGAUUCCCCAGUAGGUGCAGAUUUCAUCAGUUAGAGGAGAGAAUGCCUUGUAAUGGAGAAGAAUGUGAAGGAGCUCUCACUUGCUUUCGGAUGCCCUAGGAAUCGAAGACGGAUAGGUCAAAAAUGAGUUUCUGCUGGACGUUUUCCAGAAGUCGGUGUUUUGGAUGCGAGAACAUUAAAAAAUGACUUUGUUAAUUUUGAAGCAGGAAUGGGAGAGUUAUGAAAAUAGGGGAGUUAUUAUUUAUACAUUUGGUUUUUGCUUUAGAGUCUUGUUCUAGUCUUUUUGCUGAAGGUUGCUGCCCAGCUUGGUGUAAAAGGAGUUGCCAAAUGAUUAGCUUAUGGGCAAGGGUCAAGAAACAGAAUAUGUUCAAUGUUUGUUUCUGCUUUUGGAUGGCAGCUUCAGAGCAAUGUGUAGUAUUUAGUUUAUAUAUAUUAUCUUGUUAAAAGUAAGGAUUUUUUUCAUGAGAACACUGAAUGUCAUAAUGAAUGUUGAUUGCAUAGGUCACUACAAAAUAUAAUUUGCUAGGUUUUUUUUUUUUGACUCAAAAUGUAUUGUUUCUGUGCCAAUGACCUUUUAUUAAAUGUGUUCUUAUGGGAAUUAACUAGGAAGUUAUAUAUUUUGAAAAAAUUUGAUAGAAGUGUUACUUGGUAUCAGUAAAAUUCUUUCAGUUUGAAUAUUAAAAAGAAAAAGAGCAUGGGGAUUUUGUAUAACCAAGAAUAAUGAAAAAAAGUGACAGUUUUUUUUAUUGCUGUAAUAUAAACUUAGUAAAACAAAUAUUUAUUAGUAAAAUAAAUAUAACUUAGUAAGAAAAUGAAUGUGUUUCUAAAGAAGUUUCUAAAAUCUGUCGAGCAUCCUUUCUCAUACUAGUUGGUAUGCAUUGUAUAAGGGUGAUCUUUCAAGAGAAAUUAAGCAUGUUUUCAUAAUUGGGAUAUAUAUAUGGACAGAUGACUUGUCCAGAAUGAAAAUCUUUUAAUGUCUAAAAAUUCCUAUGAUAUCCAUCCAUCCAUAUAUAUACAUAUAUAUAUAUUAGGGUAUACAUUAUGUGCUAUGUAUGUAGCAUUACAGUAAUCUGUACAUUCUAAGUUUUAUGAACUCUGUUUUUUUGUUAUUAUUAAAAGGCUAGGCUAUCACAAAGUCCCCAAACAUAUAAAAAAAGAAUGUCAUGAUGGGAUUUCAAUAGGAAUAACUUUAUUUAUGUUACCUAUUUAUAAUUAAAAUAUUUUCUGUUUAGUUUAAAAAUGUGUAUUUAGUUAAAGUUGAAUUUUUGGCUUGUGAGGCAAGGGCUUCAUAACUACUUUAACUCUUACAAUAAGAAUGUUUUAAUAUAGGCUAUAGUCACUUUAGAUGAAAAAUUACCUCAGCAUCUGUUUUUCUUCAGUAUUACUUAAAGCUGUUAGUUUAUUUAGUUACAAAGAUUUUUUUUGUUUGUUUUUUUGGUUUGCCUAGAGGCCGCUGUUUUGCCAUGUGAGUAUUUAUGAUCUAACUAUUUAUGCAUAUAUACAUAUGAAUGAUACUGUAGCUGUGAACUAUUAAAAAUCAACACCA